AUGUCCUUAGCCACCAUGCACACGAGUAAGACUUCGGGAUCCACCUUUGGAACACUCCAUCGUUCCGAAUAUCCGCAUGCAAUCUUAUGUCAGUGUCAUGUUGUGGUUCGAGCUGAGGACGGCAGCUAUCCAAAUGCGACAGAUAUUGUGGCAACCUAUAAAAAUGUCGGAAAUGAUUUGGGGAGCGUGUUGAGUGAACUCAAUUCACUUAGAUAUUGCACGUCCUUCCCUGACGUUGAGGGCAAUUCACACACCACGGCCAAUCCUAUUACCGUACUAGCUGCCGUUUCUCCCACCAUCAGUAGUGGCAACCCUCUCUCAAUGCUAGUGGCUGCCGUGACUCAUUCACUAGCUGCCAUUUCUCCCACCAUCAGUAGUGAGUCUGUUACCACUGAUGCCAGCACCUCAGAGGUGGAUGUGGAGAUGGGGAUGCAGCUGCAGUCCACAAACAGGCAAGAGGAAAGAAGGGGCGUAUCUCACUGA